AUGAGACUCGCCUUUGCCUCGCUCUCUGCCCUCACCACCCUGGCCCUCACCUCCGCCGCCCUUCUGCCUCCAUCCGGGACGUCCGACGGCUCGGUCGGCUCUCUAUUGGACACGCCCGACCAGCUCCCUUUCGGGCAUACCCUGCCUCUCUCUGCUGGAGAAGAGGAUGGAGAGAAGGUGAACGUAACCCUCUACGUCAUGUCCCGCUGUGCCGACGCCAGACUGUGCGAAAACACAUUCGGCUCCGUCCUCCGCUCCCCCUCUAUCCCUUCCAAAAUCAACCUCUCCCUCCAAUUUAUCGGUUCCCUCAACUCCUCUUCCCCGACUUGGCCGUCGCCAUGGGGUGUGGAGUGUAAACACGGUCCGAAGGAAUGUGUCGGCAACGCCCAUCAACUCUGUCUCAUCCAACACCUCUCGGGGCAGCAAAGGGGGGGAGGUAAAGGGGUGGAAGAGUGGUUCGGAGGGGUAGAGUGUAUGAACUUUCCCUCCGACUGGCCUGAACGUGUCGGCGAGAUCGCAGAAGUCGAGCGGUGCGCGAAAGCUUCGGGAGGGUGGGAUAAAGUCGAAUCGUGCAUCGUCGGCUCCAAAUCCGAGCAAGGCGAUGCCCAGAAAGGGGAGGAUGGCCUGUACUUGACGAAAGAAGCUAAAAAGUUGUUGAGGGAUAACGUGAAAAAGACGGAGGAGGCUGGGGUGAAGACGAGCUGUACGAUCGAUAUUGCGAGUACGCUCGUAAGCGGUGGGAGGCGGACUUGUGUGGUGGAUGGUGGUGUUUGGAAGGGGUGUGAUGAUGGGCAUACGGCAGCGGAUUUCGUUAGAGUGAUAGAAGCCGAGUAUAAGAACCUCCAGAUCAUCUCCCAAACCACCUCCCAGUGA